CAGCUGUUUUGCUAUGAAAAACAGCACUACACUUCAAUGAGCUAAGGGCAUCGCGUUGCACAAUUUAAAACUUUCCACAUUUGUUUACUCGAGAGACCAGGCGUUCAAAAUCCUUAUCCAUUACAUAAUGUUACAUAUAAAUAUCGACGAAAGGGAGCUCGCCUGUCUACUCAAAGCUGCACACUCAAGACAAGAUGGUGAAACUCUUGGUUUUCAUGGUGAUGCUUGCAUCAUGUUAUGCAGAAACCCAAGAUCUUUCUGGCAAAGUCUUUGUCUUCCCGAGGGAAACUGCCAGAGACCACGUGAAACUGAUGACGCCCAAAACAUCCUUCAAUGCAUUAACCGUCUGUCUCAGAUUCGUCACUGAUCUCACCAGAAACUACGCCCUUUUCUCUCUGGCCACGCCGACAAUCAGCAAUGCCUUUGUGCUCUUCAAAAAAAGCGUGGAAGACAUCAUCAGUGUGAAUGCACAGGACAGCUAUACUGUGUUCCUGGCUCUGUCUUUUCCUCCAAAUACCUGGCACACCAUGUGUUCCACCUGGAACUCUGAAAACGGCAUCGCUCAGUUGUGGGUGGAUGGCAAGCCUACCAUUAAGAGGUUCAUCCACUCGGGAAAGCCUAUUAGCGGCAAGCCCAUCACCAUCCUGGGCCAAGAGCAGGACAAUUAUGGGGGAGGCUUUGACGCAACUCAAUCCUUCAUCGGCAUGAUCUCUCGACUUCACAUGUGGGACCAUGUCAUCCCUCCCGAUGAGAUCCAACGCUACGAGACUGACUCAAACUUCUUCACCCCUGGGAACGUGUUCAACUGGGGAGCCCUUGACUUUGAAAUUGUUGGUAACGUUUUGGUUGAGGAUGAAGUCUUUAUUCAAUGAAAUCACAUUCUGUGAAAACUUUCUGGGUUCCCAGAAGGCAUGUUUUCCCAAAGACCUCAUAAUCCUAAUGCCAAUUAAUCCCAAAGUCACAAUGUUGCGAUAACAAAUUCAUAGAGAAGAAAAAAAAAGUAUAUUUUAUCCAGAUAAAGUUGUAAUAUUAUAAUAAAGUUCAUUUUUUAAAAGGAA